AUGUUCCGUGGUCGUCCAUGGCCUAAGGAAUGCUUUCUCAAUAGCCUCUUCCGCCAGCCGAACGUAACGACGCUGCUGAAUUUCCCCACCAACAAUUCUCUUCUCCUACCUUUAAUCUCAUCCCGAUCAAUAAGCUGUCGUUCUAAGAGGCUUGGCUCGAAACUGCGUGAACGGGAUGACGAGAAGCAGUUCUCCGAUGCUGGAUUCUGGCACGAUCUGCGACUCCGGUCUGAUUUGAAUCAAGCCUACUCCCCGACAGGCGCGAACCUCCAGGAACCACAGCUGAGUGAAAUCAGCCCCGAUUCAGCGAACUCCGAGUUGGAGUCAACCCUGUCGACAUCGUUAUCGUUUUCGCGAAAAGCAGGGGACAGACAGCGUGGACGAAUACGAGGGCGAGCGAUCAACCAACGAAGGAAUCCUCGACGGUUCUGGAAGUUGGAUCCGUGGAAGUUUAAACCGACUAAAACCGAGUAUCUGCUAGAUACGCUUCACAAAUUUGUCCACAACCCUUCUAACGGUAGUAGUCGCCAAUGGACGUUGGCCGCAAGGAAACCAGAUGACCCUCUCAUGACCCCCUUAAUCAAGCCGCGAAGGUCUACCUACAAAUCUACCCAAAGGAUAUCAUUACAAGAGGCUCUUGCCGACUACAUAUAUGACGUGGACCGCCAUCUGAACCAAGAAAAUGGCCCUCGAAAGAGUGAUUCCAGUGCGCCUGAAAACAUUAGCACGGAGUCAGCCGUAGAUGUAGGCCUACGCAAUUUCUCUCGCAGGGGAUUUUACAACUACCUGCACCGUCGUUUUUAUUCUACUGCUGAUCUAACGACAUGGGCCUGGGUGCUCAAAAGCCCCACCCCUUAUCGAGCUAUUCUCCGGCUCUUAGCAGUGGAAAACCAGGAUAGGACAAGAAAUGGAAUUUUUUUCCGAUCCGUCCCACCGUUUAUCCCACUGCUCCUGUUAAGGCAAAGUCUCGACUCAAGGGCAUUUCGCUUGCUUUUGCCGUACUGUCUAAGCCUCAUAAGCGGUCAACCGCUGCCGCCACCAGAAGCAUAUGAAAAAGCGACGGCGGGAGAUAUCUCUCUUGAAGAUGCCCCGCUCGAAAGCUUGAGGCCUUUGAUCCCCCCUAAUAUGUGCAUCACUUUUGCUAUUAGAUUGCUCCAUCACGCGCGACAAUUGCUGCCGCAGGCUCAGGUCCCUAUUGCACGUGCCCUUACGACCUAUUUGGAGGCUGUUAAAUCGGAGGGACAAAACAGUGUCUCGAAGCCUACACUACGAAACCUGCGGUUGAUGAUCCAGGGCUUAAAUACUGUGCUUCGAUCGCUCUCACUCCCCUGCAGGCUGAGGCCUUUUGCGUCAAUCCCAAUCCAGCAAGAAGCACAGUUCGAGAUCCUCAAGGCCAUGGCAAAAAACCAACCAGUUUUGCCCGUUACACGCAGGGGUUAUCAAGGCAUUAUUGCAGUUCAGCUUGCCCACAAUAAGACCCAGGCGGAGCGGCAAUGGGCGGAACUGAAGGCCCCGUCCUGGCCGCCGUGGAAGCAAGAGAAGCUUGGCAUCGAUGCACAGCGAGGGUUUGAAGGCAUGAGGAGCCGGGCGUUACGAGUGAUGCACCAGAUGCACAAGGCUGGGUACAAUCACAGUCUCUGGGAGCAUGUGUAUCGCAUCUACGCCGGGUGGGAUACCGAUCAGAGCCCGACCAUCCAAGUUAGAACGCUGGCGCGCCAGCCCUGGUUUUUGCGCAAGCCUGUGGAGAAAGUGACACACCAUGCAGUCUGGGAAGCUCGGAUUCGUGCUACGAGGACCGUACAUGAAGCUUGGGCAUGCUUCCUCUCAUACCAGGAUCUGGGCCUCCCUCCGCGGGCGAAAAUCUAUGUUGCAAUGGCUGAAAAAUUGAUAUAUAGCGGAAUUUGCACAAACAAUCUUGAUCAAGCUAGCCAUGCGUUGCCAGGCGAUCGUCUGGAAGUCUUCCCGGAGCCUUCGUCCGCGCGAGAUUUGAUUUAUGUACACACCCAACCCCUUAAAAUGGACGAGUUUCUCAAACAGAUGCUUUCUCAUGGCUUUCGGCCCCGGGGUCGGUUCCUAGCUUUGCUGCUUCGAAAUGCACCGUCCUUUGCAUCGGGCCUGGAUUACCUCAGUUGCAGCGAUUUAUCAGACGAACAGCUCAAGGCUUUGUGCACUCUUUGGCGGCAGGAAUCUACGCACAGCCAUGACGCUGUACGCGCUGUGAACGAGAUCCCUGAUUCUCUCUUUUCUGCCUUUAUAGCCUUUCUAUGCAAGUUCUCGAGUCUUGAUGGGAAAUGGGCGCGACAUGUCCACCACCUAGAUGCCUUUCCAAUAAUUCUCGGUCACUGGUCAAUGGCGCCGUUCAAAACAAAGACGCUUUUCUCCUACGCUACAGGCAAAGGAGGAAAUGACGGCGACCGACAUCCUGACUUCCUAAAGCACGCAAUCCGUCUGCUGAUGAUGCGGCGUUCUCAGUCCCCGCAGCCCUGGGAUUGUGUCUUAACGGCCGUGAGCAAGAAUCGUAUCUCUAGGUUCCUCCAGCACCAGAUAGGCCUGCACACUCAGAUUGUCCUUUCCUGGUACGAGUCUCUGGAGGUCCUGGACUUGAUGAAUGACCGUAAAAUCGAAACCAGCACACAAGGCUUCAGGACUCUCUGCAACCUUUUCUCCAAACUCAUGGUCGCACAAAGGCAGCACCCCGAGGCUGUGCAAAGAGCUCUACACCUUGUAGCAAGAGCAGCCCAAAGCGGAGCGCUGGUGCACGCUGAUCUCAGGUACCUACAUUUCGCGCAUGUGGCUCCUAGGGGCCUUGAAACCCUCAAAGGCCUAUUCGACCAGAUAGUGGUUUCGGGGUCGAGAUCAUCAUCUGUAUUUGGGCCCUGGCGUACUGCAUCCGAGGGGGCCUCCGAAUCAUUGCCCGACUUACUUUACGUGCCUGCUCCAGUUGACCUCCAUGCAUUGGUCCGAUCGCUGGGGUCUGCUGACGACUUUGACGGCUUGUUACGCCUUCUUCGGUGGAUGAGCCGUUACGAGCUUGCUAUUCAGGAGAUUUCCGACAGAUACAUGAACGGAGCGAGGAUGAAACGGCUUACGGUGGUGGCAAUACGCGUGUUUCUCGAAGGAGAUUUGCGCGGAGAGUCUUGGGAGAGUCUUGGUCGGAUGCGAUCCGCACAUGGACAGAGUGAAAUAGGAUCUAGCGAUGGGACUUCCCCGGAGCCGAACGCUGGAAUGCUACCUGAUAACCAGGUAUUGGGCGAAGCAUAUGACAUCGUGACCGCGUCGGAUGUCUGGGGGCCCUGGCCGAGUGACGAGGAGGUUGAAGACUAUUGUCAGGUCCACCGGAAAGAGCAUCGAGUGCUGUGA